AUGAUCGGCCAUCGGUACGAUCGUGGCCGAUGGAUUUCUCGUUCGUUCGUCGGGUUCGGCCGGGCGGAUGCUAUUGGCUUGAAUGUUCUGGUGUGGUCGUGCGCGGCUUAUGGUGGCGAGACUUGGAUAGGUCGACCCUGGGCUAUUGCUUCCCAGGUCGGUAUGCGUGCUCGUGCCGUGCUGGCAGGACGGAUUGAAGUUCGGACGCAGGUCGACCGUGGGAAGAUAAUUCCUCGGUCAGCCGGUGCGCGCGGUUUUGGGCCUUGCUGCGCGGUUUAA